CCGAAAAAGAGAAUUCCAAUUUUCAAUAUCAAUUUUCGCGGAGGCGAAAACCAAUUCAGGGGUCCCCUAGUUUCUCGCCGGCCGACGACGAGAACCACCGUUCCGGCGUCGCACAGGAUGGCGCCCGCUAACAGCCUGACUUAUUACCUAUCGGAGCACCCCUCCAUCGUUGGGUUCCGGUGGAGCCACGCCCAAACGCUGGGCUCCACGUGGUCGUUCCUUUUCUCCUCCAUCGCCAUCUACCUGGCCGCCGCCGUCGUCCUCCACGCCGCCGCCCUGCUCCUCUCCCGCCACCGGCGCCCCGUCCCCCUGGGGCCCCUCCCCGCCGUCCACUCGCUCUCGAUGGCGCUCCUGUCGGCCACCAUCUUCGCCGGGAUCCUCCUCUCGGCCGCGGCGGAGAUCCGCGACACGCGGUGGCUGUGGCGGCGGUCCCGGUCCCGCACCACCCCCUUGGAGUGGCUGCUCUGCUUCCCCCUGGGCACCCGCCCCUCCGGCCGCGUCUUCUUCUGGUCCUACAUCUACUACCUCUCGCGUUUCCUCCACGCGCUCCGCACCUUCAUCACCAUCUUCCGAUACCGCCGCCUCUCCUUCUUCAAGCUCUUCAACCACUCGAUCCUCAUCUUCAUGUCCUUCCUGUGGCUGGAAUUCUCGCAGUCGUUCCAGGUGGUGGCGAUCCUCUUGACCACGCUCGUCUACUCCGUCGUCUACGGCUACCGCUUCUGGACGGCGAUCGGGCUGCCGGCGGCGUGUUUCCCCUUCGUCGUCAGCUGCCAGCUGGCGCUGCUCAGCUGUAAUCUCGUGUGCCACGUCGGCGUCCUCCUCCUCCACUACAUCAAGGGAGGCUGCAACGGGAUUGGAGCCUGGCUUCUCAACUCCGUUCUCAACGGCGCCAUUCUCUUCCUCUGUCUCAAUUUCUACGUCAGAAUGCAUCUCCGUAAAAGAAACCCUUCCUUCUCCGGCGGCGGCGCCGAUCAUCAUCCGCUUCUCAAAUCCAAAAAAAUUUGAGGUCUGAUUUCCCCCCUUUUUUUUCUUCGGUAGCUAUUAGGUUAGCGAUACGGCGUAGUCUGUUUAGAUGAAAUUAGGAAAACAAAACAGAUAUAUAUAUAUUUGUAAAUUGUUUAAUGGGAUCAGUGUUAUAGAAGAAUCCCCAUUUUCACCUGUUUUUAGUAUAAAUAAUGUGGAUAUAACUUGUAAAAAUUACAUCGCCUCAAUCAUGUUAUGUUCGUCAUUUGAUGAUGGGAAACAAUAUUAAUGGGAGUAUUACCGAAAAUUUAGAACGUGAGAGUGAGUAGUUAGAUGAGAGUGAGUAAUUGUCGACUUUGCUAUAUAUAGAAAAGGGUCAGAGAAAGAAGCAAUUCAUUCAUUCAUUCAUUUGCUCAGUUUCAGAAUUUGGUGCAGUUGUCUUCAAUUGGGCUUUUCAGAAGCAAUAUGCAGCCAUGCUGUGGCUGCCCAUAAAGCAAUCUAAUAAGAAAAACUCAAUUCUAUUUAAAAUUUUCGAUUUAAAAUAAAAGGUUAACUUACCUAAUUUUACUAAUUCAAUCUUUAUUUUUUGGCAAUUACAAUCUCACAUUUUUAAAAUUUUAAAACUAGGUCCUGUUAUCACCGAAAUAGAAAUGACGUUUUGCUGGAAAACAAUAGUAUAGAUUUAAAAGUUUGUACGAAAUUUUCAAUUAAUUUCAAAUAUCACUUGCUAACUGGAUACCAAAAUAUAGAUUUAUUAUUUUGGCCUAUUAACGAUUUUUUUAGGCGAAGCAGUUGGAGGUCUUGUAUGCUAUAAAUACUGUAUUAGUUAGGUGACGAAUAUGACAGUUGAUGGGUGUAGGUGCGAAAUAUUGGAACCGAAUUUGCAUUAUGGGAUAUUCCGUUUUACUUUUAUACA